CUUAAUGGUCCAAUCGCGUUUCUUGAAAAACUUAGCAAGACGCGGGAGUGCGGCUGCUCUCCGAAUCUCGUCCUGUUUUCUUCCAAAUUCCUUUUCUUUUUCUCGUCAUGGCGGAGCCCAGUAAAAGACAGCGGCUUAGCCUCGUCUCCAGCGGCUCACAAACGGUUUCUGCGAGCUCAUCCAGGGGCCCCGAAGGAGCAGGAGAGGCUGGCUCCUUCGUGGAGGGCUCCAUACUUCGCAUCACGAUGAAAAGCUUCCUGACAUACGACUACUCUGUGGUGCGUCCUGGGCCAAAUCUGAACAUGAUUGUUGGAGCCAACGGAACCGGAAAGUCCAGCAUUGUGUGCGCCAUAUGCCUGGUUCUGGCUGGCCGGACUGUAACUCUGGGCAGAGGAGACAAGGUUGGGCUUUAUGUGAAACGUGGCUGUCAAAAAGGUUUUGUUGAGAUAGAGCUGUUUAAAAAUGGAGGUAAUUUGGUAAUUAGCCGAGAGAUCCAUGUGGAGAACAAUCAGUCGCUGUGGAUGAUAAAUGGUGGAAUCAGCAACCAGAAAAAAGUGGAGGAGGAGGUGAAAGCUCUCCAGAUCCAAGUCAGCAACCUCUGCCAGUUUCUACCUCAGGAAAAAGUUGGAGAGUUUGCAAAGAUGUCCAAAAUUGAACUUCUCGAGGCAACUGAGAAGUCAGUUGGGCCACCAGAAAUGUACGAGUACCACUGCGAGCUCAAAAACUUUCGCAACAAAGAGCGAGAGCUGGAGAAUGUUGUGAAGGAGAAGGCGAGCUUCCUAGAAAAGGCCAAGCAGAGGAACGAGAGGAACAAGAUCGACGUAAACCGUUAUUACGAAAAGAAAAGGCACCUGGAUGUCAUUGAGUUGCUAGAAAAGAAGAAGCCGUGGGUGGAGUAUGAGACCGCACGUAAGGAGCUGGAGGGCUUGAAGAUGGAGCGGGAAGAGGCCAAAAAGCAGCUGUCUGCCCUGAGGCAGGCGCAGGCGCCCAUGUUGAAGAAGAUCCAGCAGAUUGACGACCAGCUGAAGCCCAACGAGUCGCAAAUGAAGGCCAAGACUGCAGCAAUCAAAGAGGCCUCUGUGAAGUGCAAACAGAAACAAGAUCAGCUGGAUCGGAAACACAAAGAGAUCGACGACAUUAAACAGAACCUGCGACUGAAGCAGACCGAAGAGGAGGACCACCAGAAGCGGAUCAAUAACACCAGACUGACCAUCGAGGACCUGAAGUUGGAGCUGGCCAAAAUCAGUGACCAGCCGGACGUGACGCCACAGAUCAACGCCGUCAACAUGGAGCUGAGGCGCAUCCAGGUGGAGAGAGCAAAGAUCGAAGGAGAGAGGGCGGACCUGCGCAGGGAGGGCGACAACAUCAGCGCCGAGUCGAAAAUGUUGGUAAGGAAGCUUAAGGACAUGAACAACAUAAUGAACGCCAAAGAAGAGAAGCUGCGAGGACGCCACAAGGAUACACAUGCUGCCCUCCAGUGGCUGAGGAAGAACCGAGAGCUCUUUGAAGGAAAUGUCCAUGAACCCAUGAUGCUGGUGGUGAAUGUAAAGAAUCCCGAAUUUGCCAAGUAUGUGGAGAGCCACAUCUCCUUCCACGACCUGCGGGCGUUCGUUUUCCAGAGGAAGAACGACAUGGAGAAGUUUAUGACCGAGGUCCGUGACAAAAUGAACUUGAAAGUUAACUCCAUUUCUGCUCCACCGGAGUCGUGUUCCAAGCGGGCGCCAUCCCGAAACAUCGAGUCCCUGAGACGUUUUGGCUUCUUCACUUACCUCCGUGAGAUGUUUGAUGCUCCUGAUGAGGUGAUGAGUUACCUUUGCUUCCAGUACAAGGUGCACGAUGUGCCAGUGGGAAACGAACAGACCAAAGCUCUCAUCAAAACGGUGAUUGAGGAGCCCUACCUUAGGGUGUUAUACACAACAGAUGAGAGGUACAAUGUAAAAAGGUCCUUCUAUUCCAACAAGAUAAGUACCAGCAACUCGGCUUUGCACGCCUCUCAGUACCUCUCAAUAACCGUGGAUGCUGAGGAGAAACGGCAAGUGGAGCAGCAGAUGAAGGCCUGUGAGUCAAGACUGCGAGAGAUUGAUGAGCAAAUGAAGGCCCUGGAAAAGGAGGCUGCCGCUCUGGAUCGCAAAGAAAACGAACUGUUAUCAGAGAAGAAACGUCUCUCUGAGCUGAAGGGGAAGAGGAGACAACUGGAACAGAAAAUCAGCACAAAACAGGACAGUCUGAAGCAGAUGGAGCAGAAUGUUGUCGAUCUGAAAAAAGUUGAAGAGGAAACUAAAGAAAAAAUUAAGGCUGUCAAUUUCCUGAAGGUCACCAUAGCUACAGCAAUCGUGGCUCAAAUGAAGCUGAGAGCCAAGCUGACGAUGGAGAAGGUGCAUCUGGCUUUGGAGAUGGCGGGGUUAACAGCAGAGAAGAACAAGCUGGAAAACGACUGCAGGGACAGUGCCUCUGAAUUUAAAACCAUGGAACAAAGAUGCAGCCGUCUGGAGCUGAGGAAGCUCCAGCUGACUGAACAGUGCAAAGGCCUGCUGAAGAGGGCGAAGUCCAACUGUCGGAUGCAGCCAGACGAGGCGUUAUCAGAAGACCUGCGCCAUGUUGGUCUUCAUUCUCCAUCUUCAUAUCUUCCGACAGAAUAUCCUGUUAUGUUAAUGCAGGCUUUCAGCAAACUGCCCGACACGCUGGAUGAGGUCGAUGCCAUGCUGAACGAGGAACGCUCCAGAGCCGAGUGCUUCACUGGUCUCAGUGAAAGCGUUGUUGAGGAGUACAACAGGAGAGAGCAGGAGAUCAAACAUCUGGAGAAAGAGCUUCAAAAUAAGACAGACUCCUUGAAUGCCUACAGGCAGAAUAUAUCUGAGGCGAAGGAACGCUGGCUGAACCCUCUGAAGCAGCUGGUGGAACAGAUAAAUGACAAGUUCAGUGACUUCUUCCGCUCCAUGGAGUGUGCAGGAGAGGUGGAUUUGCACUCAGAGAAUGAGGAGGAAUACGACAAGUACGGGAUUCGCAUUCGUGUGAAGUUCCACAGCAGCACGCAGCUUCACGAGCUCACGCCGCACCAUCAGAGCGGAGGAGAGCGCAGCGUCUCCACAAUGCUUUAUCUGAUGGCCUUGCAGGAGCUGAACCGCUGCCCCUUCAGAGUGGUGGAUGAGAUCAACCAGGGAAUGGAUCCUGUAAAUGAAAGGAGAGUGUUUGACAUUGUGGUCCGGACCGCCUGCAAAGAGACGACGUCUCAGUACUUCUUCAUCACGCCAAAACUGCUGCAGAAUCUGCAGUACGCCGAGGAGAUGACCAUUCUCUGCAUCCAUAACGGGCCUCACAUGCUUCCUCCCAACGAAUGGGACACAGCGGCUUUCAUCCUACGCCGCCGCCAAAGAAAAGCCAGGGCAUAAACCCAACAGGGCUAAACAUUUCAAAACUGGCACUGAGAUAUUUCACACAGGGUUUAAAAUUGGAAGUUUAGUUUUUCAUAUCAAUACCCCACUUACAUCUUUGACUUUACAUUUUAUUUUCAUGGUUAACUAGACAGAUUUAAAGUCACCAUUUACUAUUUGCACAUUUCCACUUUCUGUUCAGCAUGUUUUGAAGCAAAAAAUGUAAGAUAGUGUGAUAAUAUGUCUAAAUAAAUUGUUUUGUGAG